AGCGACCUGCCGGCGGACCGCUGUGACAUCCUACGGGAGCGGUGGGAGCCAGUGCCGGGCUCGGGUGGAAACAUGUCUCUGGCUGCGUCUGCUCGGAUAGCGGGAACCUGGCUGGCCGGGAGGGGAGGCAGAGCCCUGGGGGCCGUUGCCCUGUCUAGACCUUCUCUCCAAUGCAUGGGUUUGCAUAAUCGGACACUGCAACAUCGUUCUCUUCCCAAGACAUCUUUAUCUGAACCCCCUUGGCCAGAAACCAAGCUUCCAGACCCCAUCGAAGAAGCAGAACAGCACAAAGAGCUUUUGAAGAAAAUAAACAAUCUAAUAGCCACAGGACAAUGUGGUAGACUUUUUGCGGUGAUAUAUUUUUCGAACAGACAAUGGAAAGUAACCAACGAGGACCUGAUUUCACUAGACUGCGCGGUAGAAGCCCAAUGUGGUGACCGAAUCCGGUUAGAAAAGGUACUGCUUGUUGGCAGCGAGGAUUUUACACUCAUUGGAAAACCUCUGCUUGGGAAAGACUUGGUGAGCGUUGAAGCUACAGUAAUAGAGAAAACGGAAUCACAGCCAAAGAUAAUCAUGAAGUUUUGGAGAAGACAUGGAUAUCAAAGGAAGAAAUGGAGUGUGACGCCGCAGACUGUCCUGAGGAUAAACACUAUUGAACUUGCUCCUGCUUUAUCUUAAGUAUCUGUUUGUUCUGUACUUUUCUUUAAACUAUUAAAACACAUUUCAGCUUGUA